CGCGCGUGUGAUCCAGACCCAAGUAAUGGAUGUCAGAGAUGUCAGAUGUGCUGCUCGUGUUCGUCAUGGCGCCUUUGCAGAGCGGAUGAGUACAGGGUUUUUCUUGUUUAAACUCUCCCGUAUUCUACUCCUCUGACUCCUGUAUGCUCCGUUUUUACCCUCGAACCUGAGUCCAUUUCGUCUGGAUCGGAACCGGCCAUGACCGUGGAGCAGAAUGUCCUGCAGCAGCACUCUCAGAAGCACCAGCAGACAUUACUGAACCAGCUGAGGGAAGUUACUGGAACUACAGAUGUUCAGCUGUUACAGCAAGCACUGCAGGUCAGUAACGGUGACCUAGCCGAGGCGGUUGCCUUUCUCACCGAGAAGAACGCCAAGGUCCCACAGCAAGAUGAAGCCACCUAUUACCAGACGGCCCAAAUCACCAAUGAUAGAUACAUCAGUGUGGGCAGCCAGGCUGACACAAAUGUAAUUGAUCUCACUGGAGAUGAUAAAGAUGACCUUCAGCGGGCCAUCGCUCUCAGUCUGGAGGAGUCGAACAGGGCCUUCAGAGAGACGGGCAUCACUGAUGAAGAACAGGCUAUCAGCAGAGUCCUGGAGGCCAGCAUCGCUGAGAACAAGGCCAGUCUGAAGCGCACGCACACAGAAGUAUGGAGUGAUUCACCCAACCCUCACGACAGGAAGAGGAUGGAGAACUGUCCUGUAGGGCUGAAGAAUGUGGGCAACACGUGCUGGUUCAGUGCAGUCAUACAGUCUCUUUUUAACCUGCUGGAGUUCCAGAGGCUGGUGUUGCAUUAUUCCCCCCCUGCACGGAUGCAGGACUUGCCCCGCAAUCAGAAGGAGCACAGGAACCUGCCCUUCAUGCAGGAGCUGAGGCGCCUCUUCUCCUUGUUGGUGGGAUCCAAGCGGAAGUAUGUGGACCCGUCCAGAGCUGUGGAGAUCCUUAAGGAUGCCUUCAAGUCCAGUGAGUCUCAACAGCAGGAUGUGAGCGAGUUCACCCAUAAACUCUUGGACUGGCUGGAGGACGCGUUUCAGAUAAAGGCAGAGGAGGACAGGGAGGGAGAGAAGCUGAAGAACCCUAUGGUUGAGCUUUUCUAUGGACGUUUCCUGGCUGUGGGCGUCCUGGAGGGAAAGAAAUUUGAGAACACUGAGAUGUUUGGGCAGUACCCUCUCCAGGUUAAUGGCUUCAAAGAUCUGCACGAGUGUUUAGAGGCAGCCAUGAUUGAAGGAGAGAUCGAGUCUUUGCAUUCUGCCGAGAACUCCGCCAAAUCAGGGCAAGAGCACUGGUUCACAGAACUCCCACCGGUUUUGACGUUUGAACUGUCGAGGUUUGAGUUUAAUCAAGCCUUAGGCCGUCCUGAAAAGAUUCACAACAAGUUGGAGUUUCCCUCCAUGCUGUACAUGGACAGGUACAUGGACAGGAACAGAGACAUCACGCGGAUAAAACGAGAGGAGAUCAGAAGACUAAAGGAGCACCUGACCGUCCUCCAGCAGCGACUGGAGAGGUAUCUGAGCUAUGGCUCAGGGCCCAAGCGGUUUCCUCUGGCCGAUGUUCUCCAGUAUGCCAUGGAGUUUGCGUCCAGCAAGCCUGUGUGCACGUCGCCUGUGGAAGACAUUGAUACAACAGCACCACCUGGUGGCAUGACUGCUCAGCUGCCACCUCCAGCAAGCACAGGGGAUCAGCCGGAUGCAUCUGUCUCACCCGAGAGCUCCUGUUCUGGUAUGCAGGCCCAGCAGCAGCAGCAGCAGCAGCAGCAGCAAAGGGUUUCGAUCCAUAAACCAUUCACUCAGUCUCGCGUGCCGCCGGAUCUACCCAUGCACCCCGCCCCACGACACAUCACAGAGGAGGAGCUGCGGGUACUGGAGGGCUGUCUGCACCGCUGGAGGAGUGAGGUGGAGAACGACACCAGAGAUCUGCAGGCCAGUAUAUCCAGAAUCCACAGAACCAUCGAGCUUAUGUAUUCUGACAAGUCCAUGAUGCAGGUGCCGUACCGACUGCAUGCUGUUUUGGUCCAUGAGGGUCAGGCUAACGCAGGUCACUACUGGGCGUACAUCUACGACCCACAUCACCGACAAUGGAUGAAGUACAAUGACAUUUCAGUGACAAAGUCGUCCUGGGAGGAGCUGGUGCGAGACUCGUUCGGUGGAUACCGCAAUGCCAGCGCAUACUGCCUCAUGUACAUUGAUGAUAAAAAACCCUUCCUUAUUGAAGAGGAGUUUGAUAAAGAGACAGGACAGAUGCUCAGCGGCUUGGACAAACUCCCCCCUGAUCUAAAGGAGUAUGUGGAGGCAGAUAACAAGCUCUUUCAGAAGGAGAUGGAGGAGUGGGACACUCUACAGGCCCGCAAACUCCAGCAGGAGAAACUGGCUCUGGCCGCUGCUGCCGCCAGUGUGGCCGCCCAGCCCAUGAGCACUGAACCCAGCCCUCCAGACAAUACUGCCCCUCAGCAUGACCCAGAGUACAUGGAGCAGCAGUCGCCCACCGGAGACUCUAAACACCUGCAGGAGGACACGGAGAGAGCCAUCAGCAAAGCUGCAGCUGAGCACGAUGAGAAGAGUCCAGAGGCCCUGCUCAAUACAUCAUCUCAUCCCGACAGCGAGGUGACCUCUGACCCCUGCCCUCCCCCUGACCCCGCGCAGGACGACUCCGCCUCUCCGCCCGCACCUCAGCGGGUGGUGGAGGUGGCCAUUCCUAAUGUAGGAACCUUCGUCAUUCAGUCAAAGGAGGGAGGUUAUGAUGAUGAGGCAAUGAUGACCCCAAACAUGCAGGGUGUCAUAAUGGCCAUUGGCAAAUCCAGGAGUGUUUAUGACAAGUGUGGGCCUGAAGCAGCGUUCUUCAAGGCAAUGAAAGUAGAGUACACUCGUUUACUGAGGUUUGCUCAGGAGGACACGCCCCCUGAGAGAGACUACCGGCUGCAGCACGUCAUUGUUUACUUCAUACACAACCAAGCGCCCAAGAAGAUCCUGGAGAGAACUUUGCUGAUGCAAUUCGCAGACAGAAACCUUGGCUUUGAUGAGAGGUGUAAGAGCAUCAUGAAGGUGGCACGUGCUAAACUGGAACUCAUUAAACCUGACGAGGUGAACAUGGAGGAAUACGAGAUGUGGCAUCAGGAUUACAGGAAUUUCCGUGAGACGACAGUGUUCCUGUUGAUCGGCCUAGAAUUAUUCCUAAAGAAAAGUUACGUGGAAGCGUUGAUGUACCUGAUCUACGCCUAUCAGUACAACAAAGAGCUCCUGGCGAAAGGGCCGUACAGAGGCCACGAUGAGGAACUGAUUGCUCAUUACCGCAGAGAAUGCCUGCUAAAGUUGAAUGAGCACGCGGCCACCCUGUUCGAGACAGGCGAGGAGACGGAGGUGAAUGCAGGCCUGAGCAUCAUGAACGAGCUGGUUGUGGCCUGUAUUCCACUACUGCUGGUGGAUGAGAUGGAGGAGAAAGACAUGGUGGCCGUGGAAGACAUGAGGAACCGAUGGUGCUCAUACCUGGGACAGGAAAUGGAGCCUAAUCUGCAGGAGAAGCUCACCGACUUCCUUCCCAAGCUGCUCGACUGCUCGACCGAGAUCAAAAGCUUUCACGACCCGCCCAAACUCCCCUCGUACUCCACGCUGGAGCUGUGCGAGCGUUACGGUCGGGUCAUGACGUCACUCACCCUGAGCCGGACCCCCGCAGACGGCAGAUGAGCUGCGCAGACUUCAUCUCUUCUCCACUAACACAUGCCUUCCUUAAAGCAGGGCUUUCCCAAACCUACCGACCUUUCCUUUCUCUUUUGCUGCUAGAGAUUUUAACUUUAUCCUUAUUGGUAUUAUUAAUAUUAUUUUGAGGAUUCUGUUAUAUUUUAAAGCUAAUGCAACUGCAAGGACGGUGUGAAACUGAGCAGAGACAAAGAGGUUUAGUUCAUACAAAAAUAAAAGUUUGGUCAUCAUUUAAUCACUUUAGAUACGUAGCAGAAGGUUAAAGUGGAUGGGGACCAGACGCAACCGUGGCCACCAUUUACGUUAAUUAUAUCGAAAAGAAGAAAGUCAUACGGUUUCUGAAUGACAUCAGAAAUGAUGGCAAAGUUUUACUUUUGAGUGAACUAUCUUUUCAAAGCAGUUCUUUAGACAUUGGUGCAUGCAGCUUUAGCUUUGUGAAACGAGGUUGAGGAUUCAUUUCAGUAUUUAGUUUUAUUUUAGUUUUACUCCCCCACCCAUCAUCCCCUUUCACAUCAGAAGCAGAUCAACCUGCCACGCCGCCCUCAGUUUGUUACAGUGUUACUGCAUUGUUUGGUUUUGUUUUUCUAAGGACAGUGAGACAAAAAGCUGGAGGUUCUCGGACGGGUCUGUGGACCUGACAACUGGGACUUUAACACAAGUUUUAAGUGCUGUGGUUGGCAGCCAUGGGACAUACUGUGGCUUGUUAAUACAUUGAGAGAAUAAAGUUUUAUUUAUGGCUCUUUAGGCCAAAUACA